GGUGAGGACACCACCACUGCCCCCGCUGCCGAGACCACCACCUCCGGAUCUUCUGGUGAGGACACCACCUCCGUCCCUGUUGCUGGCGAGACCACUUCCACCACCACUGUCCCCGCUACUGAGGAUACCACCUCCGUUCCCUACGGCGGUGAGGACACCACCACCACCCCCGCUGCUGAGGCCACCACCUCCGGAUCUUCUGGUGAGGACACCACCUCCGUCCCUGUUGCUGGCGAGACCACCACUGCUCCCGCUGAGGGCGAGUCUACCACUGCUCCCGUUACUGAGGACACCACGUUCGUGACCACCUUCGACUCUACCUCCACUGUCUACACCACCAACAUCAAGACCAUCACCAGCUGCGGCCCUGAGGUUACCAACUGCCCCGCCAACUCCGGCACUGUUGUCGUUGUCACCGAGACCGUUGCCAUCUCCACCACUGUCUGCCCCGUCACUGAGACUCACACUGCCCCCGCUGAGACCCAGCCCGUCGAGACCCAGCCCGCUGAGGCCACCACCUCUGGAUCUUCUGGUGAGGCUACCACCUCCGGCGAGACCACCGUCCCCUACGGCCUGACCACCUCUGGAUCUUCCGGUGAGGACACCACCUCCGCUCCCGCUUCUACCUACCCCGUUGAGGCCACCACCAUCAUCACCACCUACGACAGCACCUCCACCGUCUACACCACCAACGUCAAGACUGUCACCAGCUGCGGCCCUGAGGUCACCAACUGCCCCGCCAACUCUGGUACUGUCGUCGUUGUCACUGAGACUGUUGCCGUUUCCACCACCAUCUGCCCCGUCACUGAGACCCAGGUCCACACUCCCUCGCCCACUGCUGCCGAGAGCUCCCCCGCCACUGCCAGCGACAACUCCCCUGCUACCACCAGCUCCCCCGCUGGCGGCGACUCUUAUGAUGUCCCCGAGGUUGUCCCCAGCUGUGUCAACACCUUCCUCGACUACGUUUCCGAGUGCAAGGACAACACCGACACCGCUUGCUACUGCCCCAAGCAGGACUUCGUCAACAAGGUCUUCAACUGCCUGUACGCUCACGGAGAGUCUGACGACGUUGUCGCCAAGGCCGUCACCUUCUUCCAGGGUCUCUGCGCUGACUACGCUGGCGAGAACCCCGAGAUUGUCACCGGUGUCGACAGCAUCACCAGCAUCAUCACCGUUACUGGCACCACUGUCAUCACCUCUGCUCACUACACCACCAUCGUUGUCGCUACCACCGUCACUGAGCCUUGCGUCGUCUCUGGCACCACUGUCGAGGGCAGCAGCACAGUCAAGACCGUCUCCACCGAGGUCACCGUUCCCCAGGUUGGCUUCACCACUGGUGUCUCUGGCGUCGAGGUUGUCGCUCCCUCCACCACCUCCGUUGCCGCUCCCUACGCUACCACCGUUGCCGGCACCCUCAUCACCAAGGCCCCCACCGGCACUGGCGGCAUUGUCAUCCCCACUGCCACCACCGCCCCUGGUGAGGUUCCCGUCACUGGCAGCGCUGCCCGCAACGGCAUGGGCUUUGCCGCCGCCAUCCUGGCUGUCGUCUUUGCCCUGUAA